AAGUUAAGGGAAGGGAUAAAGUUGACUCCCCUUUUAAAAAGAGGUCAAUUUUUUUUGACCUACCAUAUUGGCGUCAUCUUCUCCUUCGUCACAACCUCGAUGCCAUGCACAUAGAGAAAAACGUGUGCGACAAUAUAUUAGGUACUAUACUUAAUCUUAGUGGCAAAUCGAAAGAUCAUGUGAAAGCUCGUUUAGAUUUACAGGAAAUUGGUAUAAGAAAGUCCCUCCAUCCUCUCUCAUCUGCUGAUGGAAAGAACUUGGAGAUUAGAGCAGCAGUUUUUGACUUGACAAAGAAGGAAAAGGAAAUUUUCCUCACUGUGUUGAAAAAUACUAAACUACCCUAUGGCUGUGCUUCCAACAUUAGUAGGUAUGUGAACGUAGCUGAGAGAAAAAUUCAGGGGUAUAAGAGCCAUGAUGCCCACUUCAUACUACACUAUUUAUUACAAUUUGCAGUGAAGAAAGCAUCAAAACCGGAGGUUGCAUUGCCAAUGAUCAGAUUCAGUUCAUUCCUUAGAGGUUUAUGGAGUAAGGUCAUUAGAUUGGAUGAUUUGAAGAGAUUGCAAGAAGAAAUUAUCGAGAUAGUUUGUCACUUUGAAAUGAUUUUCACACCAGCAUUCUUCGAUAUAAUGGUUCACCUACUUGUACAUCUAUGCCAGGAAGUCGAAUUAGGUGGACCAGAACACCUUCGAAACAUGUUUUCAAUAGAGCGAUAUCUUGGAAAGUUAAAGACUUAUGUUCGUAAUAGAAGUAAACCCGAAGGUUCCAUCGCUGAAGGUUAUCUAGCUGAAGAAUGUAUAACAUUCUGCUCACGAUUUCUAUACGAUGAAGGGGCAGUAAAUAAUAGUUUGUAUUCGGCUCCAACACAAGUGGAUGGUCAUAUUGGAACACGAAGGAACCGAGAUGGAAAAACAAUUCGCUUAAAAGAAGCAGAUUUGAAGGCAUGUCAUCGCUAUAUCUUGUUCAAUUGUGGCAACAAGGAAAUUGAGAAGUUGAUAGAGGAUCAUCAAGCGUUAGUGGAUAAUCUUGAAAAUUCAAGAAGAUACAAGAGGGCACGUACGCACACUGAAGAGUUUUGCAACUGGUUGAAAGGGGAGGUUGGAAAAAUGGAAAAUGCUUCAAAAGAAUUAAAAGUUCUUGCAUUGGGUCCUAAUCGAAUGGCGAAAAGGUUUACCGGCUAUAUAGUGAAUGGUUUUAGAUUUCAUACCAAGUUUAGAGAUUCUCGAUGUACAACUCAAAAUAGUGGAGUUUUUUUGUCAGCUGAAACCACAAGUUUCGCAAGUUCAAAAGACGAAAACCCAAUUAUUGGGCAUGUCAACUACUAUGGAUCAAUAGAAGAAAUUGUAGAAGUUGACUUUUGGGGUGAAUUAUCGGUUUCCUGUUUAAAUGUUGCUGGUACCAAGAAGAAAAAGACCCAUAUGGGCUUACUCGAGUGAAU